UUUACUUGCCUUUGCGUCUUCUCGCUAUCGUUGACCAAUGAUCGACGAGAUACAGAAUUUCGUAGACAGUUUACCAUCAACUUUAGCUUACAGUUUGACGAUCGUGAAGAUGAUAAUGAUUUGGAAAAAUUGUCGGGCAAAUUGCUGGGCAAUGCAGCGUACGAAUCUUUGUGGUACAACAUGUCGUCUAAGAAUAGUAAAAAUAUAUUAUUAGUGAUUAUGAGAUCCCAGAAACAAUUAAAACUUUCGGCGGGAGGGAUGGGAGAUUUAUCAUUAGAAGCGUUUGCGAGUGUUUUUCAUGCAAGUGGACAAAUCGAUAUCAUAUGUGACGUGUUCAAAACCAUAACUGAGAAAUUUCCCUCUUACGGACAUUCUGAGGAUACAAUAGGAAUGUUGAUUGAGAGGCAUAAUAAAGUCAUAUUGUUUUCCAAGAAUCUUGAUAAGCUUCUUUCCUUUAUGGCUUUGAUGCAAAUGUUUUGGAAUACUUUAGUCAUCUGUUGCGUAGGAAUUCUCUUGAUAAUAGAUUUUCAUAACGAACCUGGUGUCGGUUUGGUGAAAGCCAUAUUUUGUUACCUGUCUAUAACGAUAGAAAUAUUUAUAUUUUGCUUCGCUGGAGAAUAUCUUAGUCUUAAAAGUAAAUCACUCGCCGAUGCAGCAUACGAAUCUUUAUGGUAUAACAUGUCGCCUAAGUAUUGUAAAAAUAUAUUAUUCGUAAUUAUGAGAUCCCAGAAACAAUUGAACCUAACGGCGGGAGGGAUGACGAAUUUAUCGUUCGAAACCUUCGUGGGUAUCAUGAAAGCGUCGGCGUCAUAUGUAUCUGUCUUGAAUGCCAUGUAUUGA